AUGGGCUUCAUAUCAACCCUAACCCGCCGCAUCCAAAACAAACACUUCACCCGCCGCCUCUCAACAACAAGCACAAAACUCCGCGACGAAGACGGCAACGACCUGAUAAAAACCCUCUCCGAAACAUCUGCCACACGCCGCAUCAGUAUCGAGACAACAUCGACGCUGCACGCACAGGAUCAUCCCGCAACACCCUCAAUUUCAAAUCGGCACACGCAGCGGACAGAUGAUGUUGACACGAGAACGCUUUUUGAUGGCUAUGGCGCUGGCGGAGUCCCGGGACCGAUACCGAUACAAACAGGGAUACCACCUGUGCGCAGGGCACCGGUUCUGAAAUUGGAUAUGUGUCAUUGUUCAUUCCAGACGCCGGUUUUACAGGGGAGAGAGGGGAGUCGGGAUCAUAAAGAUGGAGAGAUGAGUGCGUCGGGUUGUUCGUGUGGUUCGCCUGUUAAGGAGCCCGGGACGACGGUAUUAGCUGGGGAGGAGGGUGUUGGUGGGGAAGUUAAGCAGGAGAGGAAUAGGAGGAGGUCUGUGGCUGAUUUGUUCAAGAGGCAUUGUGGGUUGAAUAUUCCGCGGUCUUCGAUUUCGUUGAAAAAGAGUGGGCAGGUUUCGCCUAAGUGGUUGGAUUCUGGGGAGGGGGAGGGUUUGGUUGGUUUGGGUGGGAAUGGGGAGGAGGGAAGGUUGAAUUUGGGGGAGAAGAGGAGGAGUGUUUGGGGUGGUGGGGGGUUUGGGAGGGUGCGGUAG